CAUUUCUGUCCAGUCUUAUUGAGCUGUUAAUCUGUAAUGGAGUACAAAGGGCAUUGUGCAACAGCUGAGUCCUCUUGUGAACUUUAAAUCUGUGAUCUACACACAUUGUUCUGCGCACAGCGAUACUUUAUAUUCAGUGAGCUGCCAUUUCAUCAGAGAUAGUUCUCUACAAUCCUCUUUGAAGACGGUGGUCCUGUUCUGUUGCUCAGAGAGGGAGUGCGCUGUGUGGAAAUGGCGAUGGUCUGUCUGACCGACUUUGAGGAGUACGCCAGGGAGCAUCUCUCCAAGGCCACCUGGGACUACUACGCAGCUGGGGCAGACGAGUGCUGCACCAGGGAUGACAACCUGCUGGCGUACAAACGGAUCCGGCUGCGGCCGCGGAUCCUGAGGGACGUGUCCAUCAGCGACACCAGGACCACGGUGCAGGGCACCGAGAUCAGCUUCCCCGUGGGCAUCGCGCCAACCGCCUUCCACUGCCUGGCCUGGCACGAGGGCGAGAUGGCCACUGCCAGAGCCACAGAGGCAGUGAACACUUGUUAUAUUACCAGUACCUACUCCACUUGCUCAGUGGAGGAGAUUGUUGCCGCUGCGCCCAACGGGUACCGCUGGUUCCAGCUGUACGUGUACCGCAACCGCAAGGUGUCCGAGCAGAUCGUGCACCGCGUGGAGGCGCUCGGCUACAAGGCCCUGGUCCUCACCGUGGACGUACCGUACACCGGGAAGCGCCGCAACGACAUCCGCAACCAGUUCAAACUGCCACCGCACCUCAAGGUCAAGAACUUCGAUGGAGUCUUUGAGCAGGCAUCUGUGGGUGCAGUUCCUGAACACGUCUGUUUGCGACCUUCCCUGCAGGAGAACGCAGGUCCUGAGGAGUACGGGAUCCCAGCCAACACUCUGGACCCAUCCAUCAGCUGGAAGGAUGUCUAUUGGCUGCAAUCCCUUACCCGCCUGCCAAUCAUCAUCAAGGGAAUCUUGACCAAGGAAGAUGCAGAGCUGGCGGUGGAGCACGGAGUGCAGGGCAUCAUUGUGUCCAAUCAUGGGGGCCGGCAGUUGGACGGAGGCCCCGCCACGAUAGAUGCGCUGUCUGAGAUUGUGGACACGGUUCAAGGCAGGAUCGAGGUCUACCUGGACGGAGGGAUCCGUACGGGCAGCGACGUGCUGAAGGCCGUGGCCCUUGGAGCCAAGUGCGUUUUCAUCGGCAGGCCGGCAGUGUGGGGCCUGGCGUACAAGGGCGAGGAAGGGGUCAGAGAGGUGCUGCAGAUUCUCAAUGAUGAAUUCCGCCUGUCCAUGGCACUCGCUGGCUGCCGGAACGUUGCUGAGAUCAACAGGAAUCUUAUUCAGUUCUCCAAACUUUGAGCUGAAAGCACAGCACUGGCCUGCAGUAUGUUACAUUUCUAACUGCCAGUUAUUCUGUCAACACACAUCACAGCUGAUCGUUCUACCUCCACUACUGCACGGAGCCCUGGAGGAGAAAAAUGACCUUGGUUCAGGAACAGUACAAGACAAAUCUAUAUAUAUAUAUAUAUAUAUACAGACACAUAUAUAUAUAUAUAUAGAUUCACUUUUCUUAUGGUGAGAUCGAAAAUACUUCAGUACCAGACUGGUUUACAUCGUUCCAUCUGAAGUGGACUCUGUUCACCUAUCCAUCAUGUUUCCUAAAGAGAUGUACACAUGCGAUGUCAGGCUUAGUGUAGUUAAUCCUGGUUCACAUCCAUUCAACCUUCUCACUGGUGCCCAGUCUAGUAAUUCUGUAUCUGUGGGUGAGACGAAUUCAAAGUCCUUUCAAUCAUAGCAGGGGAUGUAGUGACAGAGGGAGUGGUUUAUGGAGGUGCUUCGAAGGUUUAGCAGUAAGGUAGGUGAGCCAGUCUAAGUCAGAGAGUAGAAGAAAACGCUUCAAUUUGUCUCUGUUGUGACUCUGGAACUAAAGAAACUAUUUCUAUGGAAACGGUUUCCACAGAAGAGGUAGAAAAGAUGGCAAAUGAUAAGAAGAUAGAUCCACUGCAGCUUGGACAAAAAUCUAUGCUAAAGACCGGACUGAAACGCUGUAACGGUGUAAUUUUGUGGUGAUGUAAUCAUGUAAUGAUGGUGAUUGAAAUGGCAGUUGCUUAUCCUCAGAAUCCAACACGAUCUCAUCAGCGGCCAAGAGAUAGACCAUGAAAAAAAAAACAAUCAUAAUUAUAAUCUUCACAAAUAAAAGAGCAUGUUUUAUGCACUUAC